AUGCCCCUUCCCCUACCCAAUCUUCUCAUACAUCUCUCAGCCAUCGUCCGACCACGUCUUCUCAGACCCGAUAUCAGAGUACCCAGUAUCGCACAUGUCGAUUUCCGAGCUCUUCGCAAGCUCGGUUUCAACGCCGUGGUGAUAGAUAAAGAUAAUUGUCUUACAUUACCUCAAAAUGAUGACUUGUAUCCUCCUCUUGAGGAAGCUUGGAAAGAGUUGAAGAGGUCUUUUGAUCCUGGUCGAGUGUUGUUAGUCUCCAAUUCUGCGGGUACGAAGAAAGAUCCUUCUGGUCUAGCUGCCGAAUGCGUUACUCGUUCUCUACGAGCUCCUAUCCUACUUCAUCCCACUCCUAAACCAGCUUGUGCCCCUUUGAUCAUACAAUACUUCCGUGGUCAACUCGGUCUUCCCCGCACUUCCCAAAUCGCCAUCCUGGACCAUGCUCAUCAUGUGCAACAAGAAAUCCACCAAGCUCUUGAACUGACUGAAGAAGUAAUGGAAUGGCGCGCACAUUUCGACGGACCUUUACUUGGUCCUCCUCGUCAAACAUUUGAUAAGCUUGGGAAAGCCGAACGACCUGGUUCUGAAUCUUUCCAUCGGAAAUCUCCUCCUUCUUCUUCACUUUCCCACACUACUCCAGUAACGGGAGGAGAAAAAGCUACCACCGAUUCAACACUCCCGCUCUCGUCAGAAAGCGAUACGAGGGGAAUCAUAGAUGCAGCAGAGAAGAGGAAAUUUGGGGAAAAGAAAGAAGAAGAAUUGAAAAUUUUAGUUAUCGGUGAUAGGUUAUUCACCGAUACUCUUUUAGCUUGGAGAUUAUCACUUCUCUUACCCCCAUCGACCCUAUCUUCAUUACCAAAUGUAAUAUCGAUCCAUACUGUCUCUCUACCCGAAGUGGAUCAACAACUCGUACGUUUGUUAGAAACGAUUCUAUCUCUUGGCAAGCUGAAACCUACUCCACCGGGAAUAAAUUGGGAGAAAUUUAUUCGACCGACGGAGGAUGACCUUACUCUAGUGGAGAGAUUGUAUCCCUCCAUCAAGGGAAUUAGUCUCGUUCAUUUUCAACGGAAAAUGGGUCGGAGUAUGAGGACACUUUGGAGAUGGGGUUUGGGGGCUUUUGGGUUGAUUAUCCGAGGUCUUAGAUGGGGAUGGAAGAGUGGGAAAACGGGGGUUACAUGGGGUCAGCGUGAGAUCAAGGGACGAUAUGAGGUUAGAAAAGGGGAUGAAUCGACUUCGGACAUCUCUACUGAAAAACGGUCACCAACGAUGGCAUUGGUAAAUGAUGAAGCUACAUCAGGGGAGAGGGGGAAAGGUUCGAAUAUACGACCACACCAACCGAGUGGUUUAUGA